AUGCAGGUUCCUCUCUUUCGUCUCCAGUGUGGAGUCAACAGCUACGACUGGGGCAAGGUUGGCUCUGAGUCCGCCGCGGCCAGGUAUGCGGCCGCCACGCCCAUAGAUGGCUUCUCGGUGGAAGCGGACAAGCCCUACGCAGAGUUGUGGAUGGGGACACAUCCUUCUCUGCCAUCGAAGGAUUUCGAGACCCAGAGGACGCUGCUUGACCUGGUGCAGACGAACAAGGCCCUCAUGUCGACAGAGAUAGUCUCUCGAUACGGUGGAAAGCUGCCGUUCCUCUUCAAGAUCCUGUCCAUUGGCAAGGCUCUCAGCAUCCAGGCCCAUCCAAACAAGAAGCUGGCUGAGUCUCUUCAUGCCAGGGACUCAAAGAACUACCCAGAUGACAACCACAAGCCAGAGAUGACCAUUGCAGUGACUCCCUUUGAGGGUCUCUGUGGCUUCCGUCCGCUCGCCGAGAUCGUCCACUUCCUACGUGCCGUCGAACCGCUGCGAGACCUAGUUGGCACAGAAGCAGCAGAGGCCUUUGAGAAGACUGUCAGCGGCCAGGAGACGGCCCAAGAUGAGGAGGCCACGCAGAAGAAUAAGAUGGCACUCAGAGAAGUCUUUACCAAACUGAUGCAGUCGUCGCAAGAGUCCAUCACCAACGCUACACAGAAACUCAUCAGUGCCGCCGAGAGCUCUCCAGACAGCUUCGCUACCUCCUCUGCCUCUCCAGACAAUAACCCAGCCAACCCAUCCGAGCUCGCCCAGCUGGUCAUCCGUUUAAACGGACAGUUCCCCAACGACAUCGGCCUCUUCGUCCUCUUCUUCCUCAACUUCAUCAAGCUUGAGCCCGGGGAGGCCAUGUUCCUCAAGGCAGACGACAUCCACGCCUACAUCAGCGGAGACAUAGUCGAGUGCAUGGCUUCUUCCGAUAAUGUCGUCCGGGCCGGCUUCACCCCCAAGUUCAAGGACGUGUCGACCCUGACCAGCAUGCUCACGUACUCCUAUGCUCCCAUCGAGGAGCAGAAGAUGACCCCCACCGAGUACCCGUACAUGAAGAUGAACACGACAGCCUAUUCCAGUGGUUCGUCGGCCUCGCUGUACGACCCUCCAAUCGAAGAGUUCAGCGUUGUCAAGACCGAUCUCAAGUGUGCCGGUGCCAAAGCGACCUUCGAGCCCAUUAACGGACCCAGCAUCAUCAUCUGUACCGCUGGCGAGGGCAAGAUAAGCGUUGGCCCAGCGAAGAGCUUCGACAUGAAGGAAGGCCACGUCUUUUUUGUUGGUGCUACUGCCGAGUGUGUUAUCGAAAGCACAGUCGACGGCAAGGACUUGACCACCUUCAAGGCCUUUUGCGAGCUCGAUGACGGGCCUGUCAACGGGAAUCUCUAG